AUGGACCAGGAAGGCGCGCACGGUCAGAUCCACGUCUUCGCUCAACCGUUCCCAUUCGGCUUCCAGGAAGUCGUAGAAGACUUGCAGCUUUGGAAGCACCAGGGGGUACGUGCCAAUCACGAGAGCUUCAUCGACUUCCUGAACUCCGAGACGGGUGACGGCGGCGUGGACCUCAUCAUCUUUGGAACUUGUCAAUACGACUUGCCGUAUUGGCAUGACGCGUUGCAGGACGCGUGGGAGAGGCGCGAUGCCGGUCACAAAUUCAACAUCGUGUGUUACGUGCAUAAUGCGAAGGACAUGGACUGGCGGCGCUGGGUACCAUACUGGUCGCGGAGACACGCCAUUCGUUUCAUUGCUAUCGGUAACCAUGUCGCUGAAGCCUUCGUCGAUAUGUUCGCGGAGGCGGCCGACAGCCAUGACCCUCUUCUAUAUACGGCAGACUUCGAGCACAUACCCGUCGACGUGCAUAUACCUGUCCUGCGCAUACCCAGCUUGCCAGUCAAGGAGUCUCCGCGGAACCUCAUCAAGGCAGUCAUCCAGGGCAAAUUCGAAAUGGAACGCCGCGAUUAUGCCCGCAUCUUCCAAGAACUGAUUAGCUCACUUCACGAGGAUCCAGCAGCGUGGGGCUACCUCCCCUUGGAAGGUCGCACUGCGUUCGAGCCUAGACACGACUCCCCAGUACCCCCUUUCCAGCUCCUUCUCGUGGGAUCACAGUACCUCGGCGUCCCUACCGAACUCGAGCACAUCGUCCUGAUCCACCGAGACUUACCAUACAAGGCAUUUUACGACCUCAUCGCAGACUCGGACAUUGUUUUACCAGCUUUCGCAGACAAUAGCUAUUAUGAGUUCCGCGCUAGCUCUACCGUCGCAAUCGCGACUGAGCUCAACAUUCCUAUGCUCGUUACGAACCGUACACGGCGGACGUACGGAUUCAUUGACGACGACCGCGUCGUCGUUACGCGCCCUGCUGCGAUGUCGGAAGUUCAGGCUUUAAAGGCAUUGCGCACAGGAGACGCUUCCGCGUUCCUUGCAUCAGACCCGGCGGAUAUCGGAUUGUCGAUGGGUGAGAUGCCUGCGGUACGCGAGGGCGUCGAGAAGAUGAUGAGGGGAGGGUGGGUGAAGAGCAACAGCGAUUGGGAACAGUGGAGAGCGAGUUUGUGGGAGAAGAACAACGAGGUCGCAGGCCGGAUUCUGCGCGAUAUAUCUUGA